UAAUCUGUAUUGGAAUUACUGCUCUGUGAAUUCUGAGCUCAGGGCAAAAGUAGGCGAAAGGUAGAUUCAGAGGGGAAGCCAAAAUUACAAAGAGACAAGAUCUGAACAGAAUAAGGAACAGUAGUUGGUUUAUUUUCAUUUUUUAUUUUAUUUUAUUUUUUAAGAAAGAAUUCCUGCAAGUUUGUUUCUGUGCAGUGAACAACAAAUAAUUUUCCAGCAGAGGAGAAACCUAUAUUUGAGAAAUUCCUACUAGCUAACGGGAAAAAAAAAAAAAGCAGCACACCAGAAGAUAUCCCACCCAGCUUACAAAAACAGAAAAUACUUUGCUGAAAAUCAGAUGAUGGAAGAAAAGAGCCUUUCAGAAUAUGGGGAUAAGGAUGGAACAGAGUCAUAACUGCGACUGAAUUAAAAAGAGAAAAUGUCAAAUGAUCAUUAUGAGCCAACUUGCAAACAUUGUGUUAUGGUGUGAAAGUCAUUGGGAUGUGCUGGUAAGCCCUACAAAAACGGAAUGCCUUUUUAACAGCAAAAUCAUUAGAGUUUCUCUUCAAAACAACAGACUGAAGAAAAAGUAAAUUAAGGAAGCUAUCUGAGGUGGCUGUGUGAAAAUAAGAAACGAGACAGAGAGAGCCCUUUCUGUGAAAUCCAGGCAAAGGUGAAGGAGAACGUGGAGUGGAAACUGGACAAUCUGACAAACCCAGGAAGAAAUCCAAGGAAAUCACCGGAAAGCAAAGGGCAUGGCAAUGGUGAAGGAGAUUCUCCGAUCCAGAAACCUCUUGCUCGUUGUUCUCAUUCCACUUCUGCUGCUUCCUCUGCCACUUUUGUACCCCUGCAGUGAAGCUUCAUGUGCCUAUGUGUUGAUUGUGACAGCUGUAUACUGGGUUUCUGAAGCAGUACCUCUUGGUGCAGCAGCCUUAAUUCCUGCUUUCUUAUACCCACUUUUUGGAGUCAUGAAGUCCAGUGAGGUGGCUGCUGAAUAUUUCAAGAAUACCACUUUGCUCCUCAUGGGUGUGAUUUGUGUGGCAGCUUCUGUAGAAAAAUGGAAUCUCCAUAAACGUAUUGCUCUGCGAAUGGUCAUGAUGGCUGGAGCAAAGCCAGGCAUGUUGCUUCUUUGCUUUAUGUGUUGCACCACGGUGCUUUCCAUGUGGCUUUCCAACACAUCCACCACAGCCAUGGUGAUGCCGAUUGUGGAGGCAGUGCUCCAGGAACUAGUGAAUGCUGAGGAGGAGCAUGAUGUCAUCAGUACUACAGGCAACACCAUUAUUGAAGAAAACGAGUCAAUAGGUCUCAACGAAAAGCAUGACCAACCUUCUCUGGAGCUUAUCUUCAUCAAUGAGGAUGCUACUACUACUGACUUCAGCUCCUUGAUGCAUUCAAAGACUAUGAAUAGUGUGCAUAUGAUAGCCAACCCAAUUGGAACGAUGAAAUCCAGGAGCAAUGGGCAGCACCUACCUCAGGCUCAGAUACUAGUCCUGCCUCCUAAGCCCUCUGAACUGGACCUGAGCACAAAGUACCAGUAUCAGUCCAGGCAUGACCAUAUGAUCUGCAAAUGCCUCUCACUGAGUAUCUCCUAUGCAGCGACCAUUGGAGGACUGACAACCAUCAUAGGGACUUCAACUAGCCUCAUAUUCUUAGAGCAUUUCAACAACCAAUACCCAAAUGCUGAAGUGGUGAAUUUUGGAACCUGGUUUUUGUUCAGUUUCCCCAUUUCCCUCAUCAUGUUGGCCCUUACUUGGUUAUGGAUGCAUUGGUUGUUCUUGGGCUGCAACUUUAAGGAAACCUGUUCUGUGAGCAAGAAGAAGAAAACCAAACGGGAAGAAAUGUCAGAGAGAAGAAUUCAUGAAGAAUAUAAGAAACUGGGAAAUGUCAGCUAUCCUGAGAUGGUGACUGGAUUUUUCUUCAUCCUGAUGACCUUGCUUUGGUUUACUCGUGAGCCCGGAUUUGUACCAGGCUGGUCGUCAUUUUUUGAAAAGAAAGGUUACCGGACUGAUGCCACUGUUUCUGUUUUUCUUGGUUUCCUCCUUUUCCUCAUUCCAGCAAAAAAGCCAUGUUUUGGAAAAAAAGGAAAAGGAGAUGCUGAAAGGUCAACAGACGCCAACACACUGGACCCGAUCAUCACCUGGAAGGACUUCCAGAAGACCAUGCCCUGGGAAAUUGUAGUGUUGGUUGGAGGCGGUUAUGCUUUAGCAGCUGGAUGCAAGACCUCUGGCCUCUCUACAUGGAUUGGACGCCAAAUGCUGUCCCUGAGCAGUCUUCCCUACUGGGCUGUAACUCUACUGGCCUGCAUUUUAGUGUCCCUGGUUACAGAGUUUGUUAGCAAUCCAGCAACCAUAACCAUAUUUCUACCUAUUUUAUGCAGCAUGUCAGAAACCCUGCUUAUCAACCCUUUAUACACCCUGAUUCCUGUCACCAUGUGUAUCUCCUUUGCGGUGAUGCUGCCCGUGGGUAAUCCUCCAAAUGCCAUUGUCUUCAGUUAUGGGCACUGCCAGAUUAAAGAUAUGGUGAAAGCUGGUCUGGGAGUAAAUCUGAUUGGUCUGGCUGUUGUCAUGGUGGCAAUCAACACGUGGGGAAUUAGACUCUUCCAGCUGAAUACUUUUCCAGAAUGGGCAGCAGUAAGCAAUGUCACUAUCCAGACAUAAUCUCCAACUCACAAAAAAGGAAAAAAAAAAAAAGAAAAAAAAAAAAGAAAAAAAAAAAGAAAAAAAAAAGAAAAAAAAAAGAAAAAAGUAGUUCAAGACCAAAGCAAGUUCAGACAAAAUAUUAAAUGUAAACUGCAUGUAUGAAAGAAAGGAGAAAAUUUUGCACAUGUGUAGAACCAAGAUCCAGAGCAAAACCAUGAAGAAAACUCACAGGGAGAUCUUCCGCAUAACUUUUUCAGUUCUGAAAGUCAAUGUGAGUUAAAUGAAGAGAUUAGUUUUUCCCUACUGUUGCUUUCCUAUAAGACUGGUGAUAUUGGACUCCAGUACAGAAUACAAGUAUAAAUAACACUAGUGUAUACAAGAGUUGACUUCAAUUUUACUGUUGACACCUACAGAGAAUGAAAAGCAACUCUUCCCUCCAAACUCAGAGUUAUCUAAGCUUGCUUCUUUUGAAGGCAAAUCCUUCUUCUUCUUUUGAGCUAAAUCAUCAGUGUGCUGGAAAAAAAAAACACUCUGCCAGUUAAUCGAUACGGCCUGGAAAGAAAUACAGCUACCAGUCUUCAGGUACACAUUUCAAAGGGAUAUCAGAAACCACAAAACAGACAGGAAGGAGAAGUCUCCUAGUCAGGAGAAUUGUUUUGUUUUGUUUUCCACAGCACUAGUAUAAAGUUUCCAAUAUUGCAGUACUUGCAGUCCCCAAUAUGAAGUUUUGAUCAAUAUCUUCUCUCCUUAUUAUUGCAGUGAGAGCUUUUUCAGCAAAGGAAACUGUGACCAGAAAAACAUUACCUGGCCAACAGACCCAUUACUCUCCUCUUUUUUUUUUUUACUCAGAUUAGGUAGUUAUGCACUAAAAAUUUCCCUGACAGAGAAAGUAACAUCUCUUCCAAGAUAGUGCUGCUCCAUGAGUAAGAAGGGAGUGUGCUGAAGUGAGUUGCACUGGCAUAGCUCCUCAUCGUGUGUAUUCACUUGAACACCACAUCAUCCUGCUCUCCUGGCAGCCCAGAGAACAGGAACUUCAGUCACAGGAACCUGUCAGACAAAGCAGAUAAUUAGCAGACCAAAAGGUCCAUCUCUUUAUCAUACGCAAAGUGAAUGUCCUGCUUUUCUGACUGGAUCCCUGUGAUACCUAGUAAACCCUCUCUUGUAUUAUGUACUGUUUUAAAUCAUAUAUAUAUAUAUUUAAUGAGAGUGCCUUUAAGCUGUGUGUUAAGGUGAUUGGCUCUAAUGUAACCACACUCUUCAUAUAUAUACUUUAAUAAAUCUGUAUGCUUUCUGCAUAUAACCUAGGCUCUCUAGAUGUUAGUGUGAAAGCCUGUACCGCAUAAAUAAGAUGUCAAUAAAAUAAAUUAUUCACUACUGCAUAUUUCUGUGCUCUGUGAGAAUAUAAAUAAGACACAUUUCUUCUCAUAACCCAUCAAGCCCUUAUGGAAGCACUGCUGAGACAGCAGGAGCUGUUGGUUUAUGGCUUCUAACAAAACAGAGCGAUUCCACAGUUUUGUCUUGUAAGUAAACACAUGCGAUAAGGGGUCUUAGGUCAGCAGAGGAGGAGCAAAAUUGGAAGAUCACGAAAGCACUUCUUACCAAAAGCAGAAGGCAAUACCCUUUAGCAGAACAAUUUCUAUUCAUAGUGCUUCCUGUAAACUUGUUUUGGAAAAAGAGAGUUGCUAUAAAUCCAUGGCUCAGUGCAUCCCUGCAGCCUUGUAAACCAUAGAAGUUGGCCUCUGCCUUACUUCUCACCUCCUUCAUUCCUUUAUUCCUCUUCCCUGAGU